UUUUGUGGGAUUUCAUUUCUGCUGAGGUCAUGAUGGAGGGAGUCACAGUACGAGUCGGCCUUCUUGGACUGGUGCUGGCCUGCGUUACCACAGCAAUGGCCAAUAAGGACAGGGACUGGGACAUCUACAGCUUUCACAUCAACUCCACAGUGACCAGUCGCUAUGCGACCACUAUUAUCACCAGUCGUGUGGUCAAUCGGAUGGACCAGUCACAGGAAAUAGAAUUCCAUGUCAAAAUUCCCAAGAUGGCCUUUAUCAGUAAAUUCAAAAUGACCAUUGAGGGGCAGACGUAUGAUGGGGUUGUGAAACCGAAGGAGGAUGCUCAGCAGCAAUACACUCAGGCAGUGUCUCGUGGCCAAAGCGCUGGCAUAGUCAGUUCUGUGGGGAGGACCCUUGAGGAGUUUAAGACGUCUGUGACUGUGGCCGCGCUCAGUAAGGUGACCUUUGAACUGACGUAUGAGGAGCUGCUGAAACGCCGACUGGGCAAGUACGAACUGCUGAUCCACGCUCGACCCAUGCAGCCUGUCGCUGACUUCAAGAUUGACGUGUACAUCAAUGAGCGACCAGGCAUUAACUUCCUGGAGAUUAAAGGAGGGCUGAGCACCAAAGAGCUGGCUAAUGCCAUCACCAAAACACACGCUUCUAGUGAGGCCUGGGUACAUUUCUACCCAAGCAAGGAGCAGCAGAGUCAGUGUGACAGCUGUGGAGAACAGGGCCUGAACGGAGACCUGGUCAUUGUCUAUGACGUCCACAGGAACACAUCCAUGGGAGAGCUCAAGGAGUCAAAAGGGUAUUUUGUCCAUCACUUUGCUCCCAGUGACCUACCACGCAUACCAAAGAAUGUAGUGUUCAUCAUCGAUCGGAGUGGCUCCAUGCAUGGCACGAAAAUGAAGCAGACCCGUCAGGCCUUGUUGAAGAUCCUGGUAGACCUGGUGGAGGACGACCACUUUGGCCUGAUCACCUUCGACUACACUGUGUCUACCUGGAAGAAGGAGCUGCUGCCGGCCAACCAGGAAAACCUGGAGGCUGCCAAGAGCUUUGCACGACACAUUCGAGACAGAGGAGCCACCGACAUCAAUGCUGCUGUGUUGGAGGGCACAGCCAUGCUAAACCGAAACCCACGAGAGGGCUCAGCCUCCCUCCUUAUACUACUCACUGAUGGAGACCCAACCACAGGUGAGACCAACCUGGAAAAGAUCCACAAGAAUGUCAAGGAAGCCAUUGGUAAGAAAUUCCCACUCUACUGUCUGGGUUUUGGAAUGGAUGUCAACUUUGAGUUCCUGGAAAAGAUGGCACUGGAGAACAGCGGUGUGGGACGCAGAAUAUAUGAGGAUUCUGAUGCUGCUCUGCAGCUGCAGGGCUUUUAUGAAGAGGUGGCCACACCCCUAUUGACGGACGUGCAGAUGGUGUAUGUGGGUGGAGCUAACCUGACCCAGACCAACUUCAGCCAGUACUACAACGGCUCUGAGAUCGUGGUGUCUGGCCAGAUCACCGACAACAACAUAGAGACAUUCACUGCAGAGGUCAUAGCCAUAUCGAAAAGCAAUAGGGUGAUGUACUCUGAGACAAUAUCAACGGACGAGCCCAUUGAAGCCAGGCCUGAUAGCCACAUCCAGAGGCUGUGGGCCUACCUCACUGUGAAGCAGCUACUGGACAAAGAGGUGCAGUCAAGCGGGGAGGCGAAGGAGAAGGUGAAGAAAGAGGCCCUGGAUCUUUGUCUGAAGUACGGCUUUGUGACUCCUCUCACCUCCAUGGUGGUCACCAAGCCCCAGGGAGAAACCUCACAGGUGGCCCACAAGCCCAAGGAGGGAGAGAAGCCCUCAGGAUCCAGGCAAGGCUUCUCUGGGUCGAGUUUCCAGUUCAUGAGUGGAGAAGCCGGAUACCCCGGAGGAGGAGGUGGUGGAGUAGGAGGAGCAGGAAGAGGAGCAGGAGGAGCAAGGGGAGGAGCAGGAGGAGCGGGUCGAGGAAUGGGCUUGCUGCUUGAUGCUGUGGAGGAUUCAUAUUCUGCCUAUAUAAUGGAGGAACAUCAACCAACUCACUCAAGUAAACCUGCAACUAGAGCUAGAGCUACACCUACAACUGUGAGUUCUCCCCUGAGGUUCCUGUUGCCAGCUGAGGAUCAGGCCCUACCACUGUGCUAUGACAUCCCUGUGGCUCUCUCGCUCAGACUCCUAAAGGACCCCAACAAUGAGUUGUCUAUGAACGGUCAGCUUGGACAAUCAGCCAGCGCAGGCUACCAGAAGAUUGUGAUCCACUACAAAAACAAUCAACAUAUUGAGUUAGACACCACUGUCAUCACCUUCAACAAUGGACAGGAUGCAACAUAUUUCUCCUGGAGACUGAAAAUCAAUCACAAAACAGACAGUGUGUCUCUGAUCCUACGGGACAAGGAGGUGGACAUCACCAUAGGGUUAACACGGAUCAUCAUCAUGCUCUAUGAGAGGAAUGGAAUUAAGUUCCUGUGGCCUGUCCUGAGGCAGCGCCCGACAGGAGACAAUAUUAUUGGGAUCAUGGCCCGUCCACCUGUUGCCUAUGAGGAGGUCCAGGGAACAACAAUGAAACUGAAGAUUCAGGACAAAGAAGUAGAAGUCUCCAGGGACUCUGCUGUGGAUCUCAGCGUUCGCUCUGCCCCCACCGUGGCAUGCUGGUUGCUGCCUCUUCAGUCUGCCCUACAGGGGGAGCUAGCUGACUUUACCGUCACACAACUCUAACUGACCAUGUAAUUGCUCCCAUCACCAACUAAUCAACACUAUACAUACAGUAAUUCUGUUCUAGAAUUAAGAAGAGAAACAAUAAAGCCGGAGGUUUCUUUAUAGAGUCCAAUGAGUUCACAUAUUAACACAGCUAAAUUCUCCUGUUACAUAUUCAUUGUUGAAUAAAUGGAUCCUUAUUUGAACAAUGACAACUUUUGUGUUGCAUUCCACAAUCUUCAAUAAAUAAUGUUUUUGUGACUAAA